AUGGCUUUCGGAAUGAUUACCAUUAUUCACAUUGUCCUGGCUAUCCUAGUCAUCAUUGAGCUUGGCCUCACAGGUUACCUUGUCGAUGCCACUUCUGGCUUCGGCUACUCGUCGCCUGCCUCGUUUGCGUUCAUGCUCUUCAACUCCGUCUGGAGCUUCUUGAUUCUCAUCUGGCUGGCCCUCACGCCUCUCUACGCAGCUCGCUUCUACCAUGCUCUCGUAGCAUUUGUCAUUCUUGUCAUUACGACUAUUUUCUGGUUCUCGGGCUCGAUUGCCAUGGCCGCCUUCAUCGGCGUGCCAGAGUGCCACGGCAUCACUUUCUGCCAGUGCUCGCAGGCCGCAGUCGCUUUUGGAUUCUUCAUUUGGGCGGGUUUCUUGGGAUUGGCGAUUCUCGAGGGCUUGACCACCUUGAGGGGCCACGCCCGCGCUGACAAGACCACGCCCUCGAACGUUUAA